AUGCUUACCAAAACCAUUUUCGUUGUAGCAUUAUCAGCAAUAAUGCAAUCUACGUCAGUUACUAGCUAUCCGCUCAGUCAAUUUUAUCCCUUUGGAUCGGCUGCAGGAGACAGUAGUUUACCUGAUAAUGAUGACGAAUAUACUUCUAGUAUUCAUAUUUCUGUGCCUUUCCCAUUCUUUGGAUCAACUUACAAUUCAGUUUAUGUCAACAACAACGGUGACGUGACUUUUGACGCUCCAUUAAGUGAAUUUACGUCACAACCCUUUCCAAUAAGUGGAUCUCAUAAAAUAAUAGCGCCAUUUUGGACAGACAUCGAUACCAGAUAUGGAGGAUAUGUGUGGUAUCGAACAACAAGAGAUCACACUGUUUUACAGAGAGGAACAAAUAAAAUCCGUUCUUUAUCUUCUUUAUUUCCUGAAUUGCAUACCUUCUCUGCCUCUUGGAUGAUGGUGGUCACGUGGAAAGAUGUAGCUGCUUACCACUGCUCUCCAACUGGCAACAUAACUUGUCAGCAAAGGAACACAUUCCAGCUUGUUUUAAUCACAAACGGGGUUCAUUCAUUUGCUGUAUUCAACUAUAACAAAAUAACGUGGACAAAAUCUACUCAGGUUGGAUUCAAUGCAGGGGAUGGAACACAUUACUUUGCGGUUACUGGUUCCAGGACAGACAGCAUGUUAAAUCUACCACAAAUGUCAAAUAUUCAUGUUCCUGGCCAGUUUGUGUUCAGGAUUGAAGCAAGAGAUAUUAUUAAUAAUAAUUUUUCAAAUGAGUGUAACAGUUCACAUUGCAUACAUGGAAACUGUUCAAACGAACAUGUUCAUUAUGUGUGUGUAUGUGAACCAGGUUAUACGGGAGUUAAGUGUGAAUUAGAAAUCGAUGAAUGUCAAAGUUCACCUUGCAUUCAUGGACGUUGUUCAGACCACCUUAAUCAUUACACCUGUCACUGUGAGCCGGGGUACACUGGACAUAACUGCCAAACAAAUAUCGAUGAAUGUUCCAGCUCGCCUUGUGUUAAUGGUAAUUGUUUAGAUCGAGUCAAUGGAUAUGUAUGCAACUGUUUGCCUGGGUAUACAGGGAGGCUCUGUGAAGUCGAUGUAGACGAAUGUCAAAGUUCGCCAUGCAUCAACGGAGAUUGUACAAAUAACAUCAACUUCUACACUUGCCAAUGUUUUGCAGGAUUUACUGGAACAAAUUGUGAAAUAGAUAUAGACGAAUGUGCAAGCUCCCCUUGUGUGCAUGGAAUCUGUACGGACCAGGUCAAUGGUUAUGUAUGUGAGUGCAUUCCUGGUUAUACUGGCGUUAUUUGUGAAACAGAAAUAAAUGAAUGUGAAAGUUCGCCAUGCAGUCAUGGCGUAUGCCGUGAUGAAAUAAAUACUUACCGGUGUAUCUGUGAUACGGGUUACAAUGGGAGACAGUGUUCAUACUUCAAUGUUCUCUAUUUUUGGCUGCUGCUAGUAGGAUUCCUGCUGUUGCUUUUUUCCAUUUUAUCGUUGUUUUUGUGGAAACGAUAUAAGAGGCACUCUCAAGAAGAUGAAUUUGGAGUUCUUGCAUUUAGUGAUGUGACACUAGGACCUGGUAAAGCAGCUUUCCAAUCAUCCCUACGUGCAAAUAAAACAAAAAUAUCGAUUCCUGCCGAACAAAAUGCUGGAUAUUCAGACAAGAUAAACCAUUUAUCAACUUCAUCAAACUUCGUAAAACUCAUCUAAACGAAUGUGUUUUUGUCAUCCUUUCACCUACAUUUUUAUGUAGGUCGAGAAUCGCACACCCUCACAAUCUGGAUUUCACAAUAUUUGUUUCACUUUUACACAGUGUUUUAGAUAUCCAGUUAUUGAUGUAGCUCUUGUAAACAAUGUGAACAAGUUUUCCUUUUAAAGUAAUAAUCGGCAUGUUAUAUCACUGGUCAGCUCUGUUAAUGUAAUACGAAAGCAUAACGCUACAUGCAAUAAAUAUAAAUA